UGCUUUCAUCUGAAAAUAGAUGCAGAUAUUUGUGAGACAGGUAACUGCUCACAAAUUCCCCAGUAACUGCUUAGUAUUUUUCUAUUUACCAAUCUUAAUUUUAUCUUUAGAUAGGCAUGCCAUCUCCUCUUCCUUUUAGCCGUCUUCUUCAUUUGGAAUUUUCUCCAUCUGUGAAUGUGCGACCCUGUAGCAGUCCCUUGGUGUUGCCUGCCAAAAGUGGAAAGCUCUUGGUAGGGGAAAAUCCUCCCAAGCUGCAUCGGCUGCCCCCUCGCUUGGCUUGGUGUUCUAUAGACUGGCAUCAUUUGCGUCUGCUGAAUCCCCUAGGCUCUGGUGGAUUUGGUUCAGUCUACAAGGCUACUUACCGUGGAGCUACAGUGGCUGUAAAGCAGGCAUUUAAAGAUACUGGCAAAGCGCCUGUAGAACAGGAAGUAGCAAUUCACCGAAUCAGAAUUACCUUGACAAGUCGUAAUGUGAAAUCACUUGAGAAAGUGUGUGCAGAUCUGAUCAGAGGUGCGAAAGAAAAAAACCUAAAAGUGAAAGGACCUGUUCGCAUGCCUACCAAGACUCUGCGAAUCACUACACGGAAAACACCAUGUGGUGAAGGUUCCAAGACUUGGGAUCGUUUCCAAAUGCGUAUUCAUAAGCGUCUAAUUGACUUGCACAGUCCAUCAGAGAUUGUCAAGCAGAUAACUUCUAUCAGUAUUGAGCCUGGUGUAGAAGUUGAAGUUACUAUUGCUGAUGCCUAAAUGAUUGUCAUCUGUUUCAAUAAAAGUUUUACUUGCCUUUAA